CCAACGUGAAAAGAAAAUAAUGUGUCGUUGGUGCGGUCUACUCGAACCGGGCAUUCUUUGCAAACCGCUCUAACGAAGUUUUUCUAAGGUUCUGCGCGCAUGCACCUAUCCUAUUUCACCCCUCGUCGAAUCCGAUGAAAUUUAAGCGAUACUCGGAAACGUUCCGAUCUACUUUAUCGUCGUUCGUCUUAACUCGACUGGACACACGUAAAUAGUAAAAGAAAAAGAGAGAAAAAGAAAUUGGAAGGAAUGGAAACGUACGUAAGUUCACCAAGCAACCGCUUAUCGCUGAGCUUUUCAACGUCGAUGGCGUCGUUCCAUAUAGGAGUUAACGACGACGGUUCGUUAAAGAUAACGUCUACGGAAACUUAUAAUAGACGGUAUAAUAUUAAGAAGAAGAAGCGGCCGCGAUAGUGUCGUGAAACAAUUACGAGAAAGUUUCGUCGUGUGUUUUCCUCUGCUUCGUCGACGAGUAGGAAGAGGAAGAGGUAUGGAACGGUUGGAGAAAAGAGAAGCGAAAAGAGAUGGAGGAGAGAGAGGAUAGUCGUAUUCGCGCAAGGCGAAGAUACGAAGGAAGAAGAAUAAGAAGAGAAGAUGGAGGAGUCUAAAGGAGGGAUGGAAAAGAGAAAUGGGAGGGGACUCUGUGGAACCGAGGAAGAGAAGGGAGUCACUCCCAAGAGGAAGCAAGCCCGAGUGGCGACGCCUCAGUGACCGAGCUUACUCUCUCUUGUGCUUUGGCUCGCAAGCGCGAACCUCGUAGAGCCUCCUUUUUCGUCUACCACCUACCACGCGCGUCUACGCGUGUUCUCCCUCUCUCGUUCUCGUCCCUGCGCACAAAGACCGGCGCCUACUACAACCCUCGUGGUGGGCGCCUCGUGGACCAUCGCUUUUGCCUUCUACGAUACGGCCCUGAGAAUAAGCCAGUCGCAGUUAUACGCGCGCCCUUCCGUACCGUUCUUUGUCCCCAUUCUUUCUUUUUCCCUUGCCGAGUUGCUACGUUUCAAGAAGCUGCUUUCGCGACCGUGUCGCUCGCGUGCCUUACCACCGAAAGAAAAAAAAAGGAAAAAAAAAAAAAAAAAGAAAACGACUGCGAAACGACUUUCUUUUAAUCCUCUCUUUUUCAUCCUUCUCCUAACUUUGCUACUAUUCACACGUGCGCGAGUUCGCUUUCGAUGAUGACAUAAGUCUUUCUCGGCCUUGCGAAAUAACGAUGGUGUAUUUCUGGCGAUCGAGCGGACACGUGCUCUUACUUGUGCGUUCCAUCUAGCCGGAUGUUUCGAAGCUCUUUUCGCAAAACCAGUUGCAUCGUCACGAGUGUUUUGUUUACGCGCUUUCGUAAGAAAAAGGGUGGGGAGAGAGAGAGAGAGAGAGAGAGAGAGAGAGAGAGAGAGAGAGAGAGAGCGAGCAGCGUAAGUGUGUGUGCCUUUCGUGUGAUUCUGCGCAGUGUCGAAUUGUAAGCCGGUCAGAAAUUAUAAGCUAAGCACGUUCUCGAUUCCGAGUCGUUCUUAGUUUCGAAAGGGAAAGGAUAAAGGAUUAACAGUGUUCCUUCUUGCCGAUUUUGCAAAAGUUUCAAAAGUUUUUUGGUGUUCCAUUACGAUUUCAAACGUGAAAAAGUGUGGUCGUUGCCGAGUGAAGGAAUAGCAAUCCGUUCGACGAAUUAAUCGAUCGACGGAUCAUCCAGAAUAAGUUUUUUCGUUCUCAGAAGAAGCAAGAUGGUCGACUUCAUCAGCUAUCCGGAGAUUUCUUAUCUCUACGAUGAACUUCUCAUGGGUGUGACGGGCGACCGGCUGGCCGGGGGCGCCGCACACCUCCUCCAUCUCUUCUUCUUCUUGCCACGUCCACAACACACAAUGUAACAACAACUACCACUACUAGAGUCGUCCGCGCGAACCACGUUCUCAAUGUACUCGAUGUGAUGAACCGUCCUAUUCAAGUGAAGCCGGCGGACAGUGAAAACCGCGGAGACAGAAAGCUGUUCGUGGGAAUGCUCAGCAAGCAACAGACUGAAGACGAUGUCCGACAAUUGUUCGCUGCCUUCGGCACAAUAGAGGAGUGUACCAUCCUCCGUGGUCCAGACGGUAGCAGCAAAGGCUGCGCAUUCGUUAAGCUGUCGUCGCAUCAAGAAGCACUAGCGGCGAUAAAUUCUCUACACGGUAGCCAAACUAUGCCGGGUGCGUCAUCCAGCGUAGUGGUAAAGUUCGCGGACACUGAGAAAGAGAGACAACUAAGACGCAUGCAGCAAAUGGCCGGGAACAUGAGCCUCCUUAACCCUUUUGUCUUCAAUCAGUUUGGCGCCUAUGGCGCUUACGCCCAGCAACAAGCAGCGCUGAUGGCAGCUGCUACGGCACAGGGAACAUAUAUCAGCCCAAUGGCCGCUCUAGCCGCUGGACAAUUACCACACGCUCUGAACGGCAUGCCAAAUCCCGUCGUACCACCGACUUCUGGUUUGCUCGUAGGUUCCACAGGACAGCCAGUUAACGGAGCGAUACCGUCGUUACCCUCGCCGACGAUGCCCAAUUUCAACAUGGCCGCCCAAACACCGAACGGUCAACCAGCAGGUUCGGAUCCAGGUGUCUAUACCAACGGGAUACCGCAAACCUACUCGGGACAUGCCCUCCAUUUGUCGAUUCCAGCACAGGGGCUGCCCAAUGGGGAGGCGGCACUUCAACAUGCCGCCUCUUAUCCCGGAAUGCAAGCUUAUCCUCCUGGUGUCGCUUAUCCCGCCGUCUACGGCCAAUUUCCCCAAGCUAUCCCUCAGCCGAUGACCGCCGCUGUGGCACCUACGCAAAGGGAAGGAUGCUCUAUCUCAGGACCCGAGGGCUGCAACCUGUUCAUCUACCACCUGCCACAGGAGUUCGGUGACACCGAGCUCAUGCAGAUGUUCAUGCCCUUCGGCAACGUCAUCUCCUCGAAGGUCUUCAUCGACCGGGCCACUAACCAGAGCAAAUGCUUCGGUAAGUGCGUCAUUUCCACGAAAGACAGUGAAAACGUGGCCUUGUUGACUGAAAGGAAGAGACAGAAAGAAGACCGUUUCGUGUCGUUCGACAAUCAAGCGAGCGCGCAAGCAGCGAUCCACGCGAUGAACGGAUUUCAGAUAGGAAUGAAACGGUUAAAGGUACAACUUAAGAGGCCCAAGGAUUCUAGCAAGCCAUACUAACCCACGUCCUAGCGUAGAAAAACUGGACGGAUUGCGCCCUACGUCAUAACUUACAGAAUGUCGUACGAGAACGCGAGCCCUUUGGAAGCUCGACGAUCAGGAGUGACGAGUUUGAAUCACCGCUACAGCGCUCCUCUCCAUCGUAAUAACCUAGUAUACUAGCUAGUUAAUUUCAUAGAGGAUAGUAUCUAGAGAUCGAGAUAGAGACGCAGCUUCGUCGCUCGCUAAAAAGUUAAGCCUCGACGAAGACGAAGGAGAUCCAAAGGAGAUCGACUCGGAUGUUUUCUUUCUUUUUCCUUUUUGUUUUCUUUUCUUCUUUUUUCUUUUUUUCUUCUUUUCCUCUUUUUGUUCUUUAAUUCCUGCGCUAAAUCCAAAUUCGAGAGAAGACUAAAGGGGCAAAAAAAUAAUAUACCCUUCGACAAAUGCAACGACGCCGUGGCGCGAGGAAGUUGGAGCGCAUCUCUCUUCGCUGACGUUUGACGUUUGACGUUUGACGUUUGACGUUUGACGUUUGACGUUUGGAAGAAAGGAUCUUUGGUCGAACACGAUCAUUCUACUCGUCAUCCCGUUUCUUCCUAGCAUUUCUGUCGGAUAUUUUUUUUCAAUCCCAUCAUUAUCCCCCUCCCCCCUACCCUUCGAUCUAAACUCUCCCAACCCUUUUCUAUCGUUUCGCAAAAGAUUCAACCGUUCCAAUAUCCGCCGUUGUCGAAACUCUUCAGGGCAUUUUAAAGAAUGAGAAAAUAAUUUUCAAAAGACGAGAGAAGAAGGAGGAAGAAGAAGAAAGAAGAAAACGAAAAAACAAGAAAAAACCAAAGAAGCUCGACGAACUUGGGCUCAGCGUCAAGAUCCGAAAUCCUGCGAGCUCAUCCGAGUGUCUCUCUCUUAUAUAUAAUAUUAAUAUAUGUAUAUAUAUAUACACAUAUAUACACAUAUAUAUAUAUAUAUAUAUAUGUAUGUAUGUAUAUAUACACACGUCUAUAAGAAUUUUAACGCGUAUCGUCGCGCGCUGUAGGUUUUAUAUACACUGCAACUAGAGAGAGAACGUCAGUGCCGUGCGUCAAGAGAAGAAAUAGGCAACUUUCUAGGCUUCCUAGACUCACGGCCCUUCGUUGUCCCUGUAUAGCACGUAUUGAUUACGAUUGUCCUUAUUAACUUAUUAUCAUUAUCGCGUUAUCAUUAUUCUUAUCAAGUCGCGAGCGAGUUUCCGGCCGAAAGUAUAUACAUAUAUAUAUACAUAUUAUUAUUAUUUUUACUUUUAUUUUUAUAACUAUUAUUAUUAUUAUUAUUAUUAUUAUUAUUAUUAUUAUUAUUAUUAUUAUUCUUAUUAUUACUACUACUAC